UGGUCCGUCAUUAGAAACGGUCCGACGAGAGAAGGCGGAACAACAGAGCCCCGCGUAAUUUCUACUUUACAAUUGAGUAAAACCGUCUGGGGAGGGAACUUAGCGUGUCCUCCGUAGCUUCUGUCUGUUUGGAAACACGUGGAAGCUUUGAUUCAAACAUUGUUCCGAGACUCAGGACGAUGGAUGACUUGGAACAUAUCAGCCAUCAUGUUCAUAACAAAAUAUCAUCCCUACAACGCAUGCUGGACCUGUCUGCGUCAGAAUUACCACAACACAAGGUGAAAAAACUGGGACAAGAAUUGUUUGUCCUCAGCGGCCUUUUGGAUGAGUUUGAGAAAUGUGUGGAUCAACAAAAGGAGCAGCUGAAGCAUCUGAAGAAACUUGAUAACUCAAUCCGGAUGGAUCUAGCCAGAGUUCAGCACAUGAAGGACAACAUGCCGAUACACAUUCCCAGGAAGAAGGCUCCUGUCAGAGGAAAGGAGCCUGCAGUGAGUCAGAGUGAGGCAGCAGCUGUUGAGCCAGCUCAGACCAAGAGCCUGCAGAAGACCAGCACAUGCUUUAUCAGAGAGAUGAAAUUCAUCACCAUGCCGGAGUUUGAGAGCAUUCCUCAAUACAUGAAGGGACGUGUAUCAUAUGAGCAGCUGAACGCUGUGGUGGACGGCUUUAAUUCAGCUGUAACGGCUAAAUACAGGAUCCUGAGUCAGCCGUUGAAGACUCUCAACAAUCACUCACGCAGGCUGCAGCAGCGCUUCAGGGACCAGGAGACCAAGGACACUAAAGGUCAUUUUUUUGUUGUGGAGGAGGACAUCCAGGAGUUCACCCAGAUGAAGGUGGACAAACGUUUCCAGGGGAUCCUGAACAUGCUGCGGCACUGCCAGCGUCUCCGGCAGCUCAGGGGUGGGGGGCUCGUCCGUUAUGUGCUGUUGUGAGACCAGCUCCUCCAUGUGUGGGUUUUCUACUUCGUUCCUGCUCCUACCCCUCUACACUUUGAUGCAGAUUUGUGGUGAUUUUAACUUUUAAGAAAAUAUGAAUAAAUUUGUUCUCAUUAA